AUGGCGGGAGCGUUAUCCGCUCUCAGGCGCCUGUACCUCUCUCUCUACAACUGGACCGUCUUCUUCGGAUGGUACUGUAUCUUGCUCUCAAGACUCUCAACGAAUCAGGCCACCAGCAUGUUUACAAAGCCGUUUGAACGCCCGCUUCUUCUUGCUCAAUCCGCCGCCGUUUUGGAGAUUCUUCAUGGUCUAGUAGGUUUGGUCAGAUCUCCGAUAUCAGCGACGCUGCCGCAAAUUGGUUCAAGAUUGUAUCUUACUUGGGGAAUCCUCUGUAGUUUUCCUGAGACUCAGAGUCAUAUACUUGUGAGCUCUUUGGUCAUCAGCUGGUCUAUCACUGAGAUUAUUCGAUACUCUUUCUUUGGCAUGAAGGAGGCACUUGGUUUUGCACCUUCAUGGCUCUUGUGGCUCAGGUAUAGCACAUUUAUCUUGUUGUAUCCAACUGGCAUCACAAGUGAAGUUGGUCUAAUUUAUAUUGCCUUACAAUACAUUCAGAAGUCUGAAAAGUAUUCUAUAAGGAUGCCAAACAAGUGGAACUUCUCUUUCGAUUACUUCUAUGCUGCCAUUAUCGCUCUAGGAAUCUAUGUCCCAGGCAGCCCUCACAUGUACCGGUAUAUGCUCAGUCAGAGGAAGAAAGCUCUUUCAAAAACCAAAGUGGCGUAG